ACGCCUUUGAAAUAACAGUGUACUCCACAUGACUGUAAGGAAUGGUGCAUUUGUUAGAAUGUUAUUUCUCCCUUCAACAUAUGAUUAAUAACACAUCCCUUUUCUUGCAUUUUUUUUAGCUCCAUUUCAUCUUCAUAAGUCUAAAAUUAUUGGCAAGCCUCGAGGUAUUCAAGAGACAGUGCAUGAUGGCAGUAAAAAAAAAGGUAACUGCUCAAAUCUCCUUGAUAUUUCAAAAAAAACAGUAUUUAGUGAGUCUUAUUAUGCAAUUUCUCACGAUCCUAGGCUACAAGAAAUCAAGAGUUUUUAUUCCCAUUGAUAAUGUUAUUGAUGACAGUACUGCUGAUGAACCUGAUCAAGUCAAAAAGCCUGAUUUUAAAUUAAAAAUUGUGACAACAAGGGGGAGGCCCAAGACAGGAAAGAAAAAAGGUAUUUAAAAUUUACAGAAGUGAAACCUGCUUAUGUCCUCUCAUGUUUAUGUUGCUUGGGGUAUUUAGAGUGAACGUCACUUUUCCUAAUAUUGAUUUAACUGCAGGGAAACCAGCUUGGAAUUUCACAGCUGUCCAAGAUAAGGUGGGUGAGGAUGACAGCCUAAAAUGCUGUAUUUGUCAGGACGAAGUGUUAGGCGUCGACUUCUGCAGUAAGUGCCACAAUCCCAUCCAUCCUGAGACACCUUGUUCGGUCGAAGACGAGAGAGGGAUAAGGCUGUGCAACUUCUGUUGUGAUUAUAGUGUUGGCUCCCAGGAUGUGGAGGAGGCAUAUUUGUGUCCUGGGUGCUCAUCAUUGCUAGAAAUGAAAAUUAGCAAUAAGCCUGGCCGCAUAGGUUGCUUUUUCUAUCGAUGCCCAAAAGGGUCUACACCCCAAUGCAAAACACACUUAGCGUUCUGGGCACCAAGUAAGUUCCUUUGACAAAAAGUAUUAUAAUCUACUUGAUUUAAGCCAAUUAAUGACAGUGCUAUAUUGUAUUUUUCUCAACAACUAUCUCUUUUUAGGAAAUGCAGACGUGGCUGAAUACUCAUGUGAUUUAACACCUGCACAGAAUCUGCAAGAUGAAGAAAGGCCAUCACAGAGUGCGAAACAUGGAGAGGGGCCUCAAAAUUUAGGUGAAGAAGAUAAAGCAUCAGAGAACGAAGAUGAAGGGAGUGGGCUAUCUCAGAAUGGAGAUGAAGAAGAAAGUGCAUCAGAGAAUGAAGAUGAAGAGAGUGGGCUAUCCCAAGAUGUAGAUGAAGAAGAAAGUGCAUCAGAGAAUGAAGAUGAAGAGAGUGGGCUAUCCCAGGAUGUAGAUGAAGAAGAAAGUGCAUCAGAGAAUGAAGUUAGAGAGAGGCUUUCUCAGUAUGUAGAUGAAAAAGACAGUGAAUCAGAGAAUGAAGAUAUAGAGAGGCUUUCUCAGAAUUUACUUACAAAAGGUAAGCUUUCAUUCAUUUCAGUUAAUUUGAAAUGUAUGGUAUCAUGAAACUUUUGGAUAUAGAAAGCUGCCAUUGGUUUCACUCGUCAUGUGUGGCCUCUUUGGUUGUUUUCUGUUCUUCAAACUUAAUCAGAAAAUUAUUUCUGUUACCAGCGUGUUUUUACACAAGAGGUUCAAACAGUUCUUUUGAGAACUCACUGCUCAGCAUUUUGUGCUGGAUCAGAAGUCCUUUUCAGGACUGGUUAGUCCUUUUCAG